AAUUAUGUCAAUGACCAAAAGUAUUUUAUGAUAGUUUACAACUCUAGAGAUUUCGUGUUUUUAUGUAAUCGAUAACUAGCUUAUUUUACCCAUUCAACAUCAUCGAUCUUAAAUUUACGUACUCGGUACUCUAGUCUUUACUCUCCCUCCACGUCACCGACCACCAAUUGUUUUGUAGUUCUUUAAAUAUAUAGCUUUUGCAUUUGCUCUACCAAUCACUCCAUAAUUAAGCUUCUCCAUUAUUUCAUCCCUUAAGAGUUUGAAUUGCACUCGCUUACAUCUGCAACGUAGCUACACCCUUCUUCUUCUUAUUCAAAGCUAAGCUAGCAAAACAAUACUCCACUUACUAGUAGAAAGAUCCAUUAUUUUCAGAUAUAUAUAUGAACAUAAUUAAGCAGAGAUAUGGGUUAUGACGACAUUGACAUUGACAUUGAGCCAUACACGGGGGCACCUUACUUCCACCUCCUUGUUACUAAGACAAUGGUUAAUCCCUUGUAUCAAUUGACUCUUCCGCGAGGGGGUGCUAGAUUACUCCCUGACAUUUCUACUGAAGCCACCCUUGUUCGCGGAAAACGGGAAUGGAAGGUGUUCUUUAAUGGGACUCAUAAAACCCAUAAAAGACUGGAGCUUGGUUGGAAAGCUUUCGUGGACGACAACCAACUCAAAGUUGAAGAUUUCUGUACUUUCGAAAUCAUGCCAUGGACACCCAAAGAUAUCGAUAGUACCCCUUUGAAGUUCAAGGUUCAAGUUUUUCGAUGUGACCUUCCAGCCGCUCUCCUCGAGAAGAUAGAUGGUACAAGCAACAAUCCCGCACUCGUUGAGUAAUCAUUUGUUAGUUCAGUGUCCUGUUUAUUGUACCACCAAGAUACAAUGUUUCCUUCUUUAAGCAUGGGAAGGUCAGAGGGACACCAUGAAUGAUAGGAUCCACCUUCUCCUCCAUACACCUUCUUUCACAAUUUUGGGUCUCCAUUGUCAAUUACUAUUCACUUUUCUUUUUUUAAGAAGAAGAAAUUAAUAAUUAAUAAUUUGUGAUGGUUAUGGUUAUGGUUAUGGUUAUGUAUGUGAGAGAUUAUGAGAGGUUUAAGGGGGUAUUUAUAGCAAUUAGAAAAGAUUUUCGGGGUCGGGGUGACUUCAACUUUGGAAAUUGAGAUAGAAUGGAUUACCUUUAUUUGGAUAGAAUUAAAGAUAGUGAUUUUUAUCCCGAUUUGGAUAGAAUCAAAUUGAAGUAAUUUCAGUGUUACCAUGAUUAUAUCCUAUUAUGAUUAUACUACGAUUAGUUUUCUUGGA